AUGUACCCAACAAAGCUCUGCCAGAAUAGUUACGAGAAACAAAGAGACAUGGAAGUAACCACACAGUCUCUUUCCCACGCCAAGCUCCCAAGGCCUCUAUCAUCACCUUCUCAAUUUCAGGCCAGACCCUCUUUUCUGCCUUCUGGUUCAGUCCAUUUUCAGUCCUCGAGAAACCUUUCCUCGCAGUUACAAAGUGCUCGGAUUAGAUCAAGAAAGCAUGGAAGAUUUGGAGCUAUAGUUGCUGCUUCUGAUCAGGCACAAAGAACUUCCGGUACAGAUGUUGCAGAAAGAUGGCUUCUUGUUCCUGUUGGUGACGGAGAUUCAAGGCACAUAGGUUUUAAGGUUAAAAUGCCCGGUGCAUUCGAAAUUGCUUCUAGUGAAGUGACUGUCGGACGUCUUCCUGAGAAGGCAGACAUGGUGAUUCCAGUUGCAACAGUGUCUGGUGUGCACGCUCGCAUUCAGAAGAAAGGAGAGAGUCUUUUGGUCACAGAUUUGGACAGCACAAAUGGGACAUAUGUGGAUGACAAGAGGCUGAGACCUGGAGUUGUAGCCACUGUAUCACCUGGAAGUUGUAUUACGUUCGGGGAUAUUCAUCUGGCAAUGUUUCGCAUAUCUAGGCUUGAAAGUGUGGAAGCUGCAAGUAAACCAGAAGAAUCAGAGGAGAAAGUAGAGACUGAUAGCCCAACUGAGACUACUGAAUCAACAAGUUAAUAUCCAGAGAUAUGUGGUCUGUUGAUUAAUAUGUAAGGAAACAGCAGUUUUGACGAGAAUUUUGUUUGAUAAAAAUUAGUUUUAUCAACCAUGUACUGAUGUAAAGACCGAGUUGUUUCUAUCAUUCUAAGUUACUGGCUUUGAACACUUUUUGUCUUAUUAUGAAUAUAUAUUUCAAGUAAAACCA